AAGAAAAAUGCAGACUUACUACAAGUUGUUCACCCUUGUUGCCCUGUUUUUCAGGGCUCACUCCCGCUCAGUACCAUUGCCUACUGAUGAGGAAUUUGCAAAGAAUUACUUGAGAAAACUAUACAACAUGCAAGAGGAGAGAAAGUCAUCCUUUGGACACAAGAUCAGUGAGAUGAGCUUGAAGCUGGGUGAGAUGCAGGAGUUUUUUGGGUUGAAGGUGACAGGAACUCUGGAUGCUGAAACGCUGGAGAUGAUGAAGAAGCCUCGCUGUGGGGUUCCCGAUGUGGCUGCGUACACUGCAGGGUCUUCAAGUAACAAAUGGUCCACAAACAAAUUAACUUACAGGAUUGAGAAUUACACCCCUGACAUGUCCGUGGCUGAAGUGGAUGUCUCUAUUGAGAAAGCGCUGCAAGUCUGGGCUCGUGUCACCCCUUUGAGAUUCACCCGCAUUUACAGCGGUGUUGCUGACAUCAUGAUCUCUUUUACUGUUGGAGAGCAUGGAGAUGGCUCCCCGUUUGAUGGACCUAAUGGACUCUUGGCUCAUGCCUUUGGUCCCGCUCCUGGUCUUGGUGGAGAUACCCAUUUUGAUGAGGAUGAGACCUUCACUUUCAAAUCCUCUAAUGGAUACAACUUGUUCUUGGUGGCUGCCCAUGAAUUUGGACACGCCCUUGGUCUUGACCAUUCCCGUGAUCCUGGAGCUCUUAUGAAUGGGAUAUACACCUACAGAGAUGUUGACAGCUUCGUUCUUCCUCAAGAUGAUGUCAAUCAUAUUCAGGCUCUCUAUGGUCCUAACCCUGAAUUGCCUGAUGGUCCCACACCUCCAUCCACUCCUAAUGCCUGUGAUCCAAAUCUGGUCCUGGAUGCUGUUACAACCCUGCGUGGAGAGAUGUACUUCUUCAAGGAUAGAUUUUUCUGGCGCCGCCACCCUCAGAUUCCCCAAACGGAACAAUUUCUGAUUACCUCCUUCUGGACCGAACUUCCAGAUAAUAUUGAUGCUGCUUUCGAGGAUCAAUCCGAUGACAUUGUGUACAUCUUUAAAGGCCAGAAGGUCUGGGCUCUCAAUGGUUAUGAUGUCGUGAAUCGCAAGAGUCUCAGUAGCUUCGGCUUGCCGGCUAAAGUGAAGAAAAUCACAGCUGCCCUUUAUGAUGAGAAUACUGGAAAGACAUUGUUCUUUGCUGACAAAUUAUACUACAGCUAUGACACAAACUCCAAGAAGAUGGACAAGGGUUACCCUAAGAAGGUGGAGGACAAAUUCCAGGGAAUGACAGGACAAGUUACUGCUGCUUUCCAGAACCAGGGUUUCACUUACCUCCUCAGUGGACCACGCAUUUUUGAGUUUAACGAGUCAGUGCUGAUGCGUAAGCUGAGAAACAAAGACUUCUUGCAGUGCUAGACUUUUUGUCUUUUAUAUUUAUCUGUCAUGCCAAUCCAUCAGUGGACCUGCCAAUAACACAGUAAACUAUUUAAUAAUUUAGAAUAUAAACUGUUAUUAAAUGUGUGAGUAUUUUCACAGUGUUAUUUAUUAAAAUGUACUUUCUAAAUAAAGAUUUUAUGCUUA